AAUCACUAAUUACUGCGUGGAUUAGUAGUGAAGGCGAGGGAAUUUCUAUUGACGGCUAUUCUUCGAUUCAGCGCGAGGCAAAAAUGUCGGCCAAUAAAUCAGUGACAUUCUUCAUUCACCGGAGUAAAAUACUCUCAUCCACUUUGGGCAAUCAAUCUACUUUAUUCUACGUGGAUAGAGAAGCAGUGAAUUUUAAUUUUAAAAAAUAUACCACCGAGACUGUUAAUAAUCCGAACCCCGACUGGAGCAAAGUAGUUUCUCAGGCGGAAAAGAUCGUUGGAUAUCCUACUUCAUUUUUAAGCCUUCGUUGGUUGCUCAGCGAUGAAAUUGCGAAUAUUGCUCUUCAUUUACAAAAACUUGCUGGUUCUAAUCAUCCGCUUCUUCAAACUGCCAAAAAUUUGAUUUACAACGGACAUAACAUGCAAGCUUGGGGGCUUAUUGUUUUACUCAUAUCAAAAGCUGCUGGGCACGUCAAUAUUGAUGACAUAAAUGUAGAUAAAUCAGCUGGAAUCUUACACAGCCAAUGGAGGUUAGCUAAAAUUACCGAAAUGAUUCGCACAAGUCAUUUAGUACAUAGAAGCUUAGUUAAUGUACGAUCAGGGGAAUACUCUGAACAGUCAAAGUUGAACGACAUAAAUUUUGGAAAUAAAAUUGCUCUUCUCAGUGGUGAUUAUUUAUUAGGGAGCAGUGGUGCUGAAUUAGCAGCUCUCAGAAAUCAAGAACUACUAGAACUAAUAAUAAGUACAAUCAAAGACUUUGCAGAAUCGGAAUUCGUAGGUAGAAGAGACAAUCAAGAUCAUCCGUUGCCGUCUGUACCUCAAGCAGUUCGCACUGGCUAUGCUGAACAAGAGUGGACUCUACGUAACGUUUUGAGUUCUGGUGCCCUGUUGGGUAAAUCUUGCAAGGGCACACUGAAGUUAGCUGGUCAUAAUGAAGAAAUGUUAGAACAGGGCUAUAUAUUUGGAAAACAUCUUGCUCUUGCUUGGCAGGCUUGUUUGGAUCUAAGUCCAUUUAUAAGCAGAGAUAAAAAAAAUCAAUUCGAUGUGUGCUCAGCACCAGUUAUGUUUCACAUUGAACAUGAUCCUUCAAUUUUAAUAGAAAUCGACAAAGGACUUGAAUCAAUUCAGAAUAUUGAUUAUGUUAAAGUUUACGACAUAGUCGCCAGUGGUCCUGGAAUUGAAUUGACAAAGCAAUUGCAGCGAAAACAUUCGCAUUGUGCGAUGGAAGCGCUAAAUGUUUUCCGAGAGGGUGACGCACGAACAGCAUUGUCCAAUCUUAUAACCGCGAUGGGAGAUAGUUAA